UUAUACUGUAGGUGAAUUACAACUCAAACAUCAACACCGCUGAUAUUCUGGUGUUUGAAAACUCGGCGAGGGAACUGAAACAGGCAUGUUUUCCCACUGGUGGAAGUUUGGAAGAGACAGAAUCACCGACGUGGACCUCUUCUCAGACGGCUCCGAGUCCGCUGCAGAGACUCUGUCCCAGGCCAUCAGAGCUGCUGCCUCCCAGGAGCCGGAUGCAGAUGGCGGCGUGUUGUUUGGCCAGCUGCGGGGCACCGUGGUCGGGCUCAGAUAUUACACCGGCGUGGUGAACCGAGGGGAGAUGGUGGGUUUAGUACGGGAGCCUCAUAAUCCGUACGACAAGAACGCGGUGAUGGUCACUAACGUGUUAGGCAGACAGGUGGGACACAUCAGGAAGGAGCUGGCCGCAGCCAUGGCGCAUGUCAUGGACAACGACUUGGCUAAAGUAGAGGGGGUGGUUUACUCAGGGACCAACAACAGCUUCUCCAUGCCGGUCACGCUGUCGUUCUUGGGGAGCGAGGAGAACAAGGACGCUGUGGUGAAGCACAUGGCGAGUCGAGGGUUCAGACUGGACGCGGACGGAGGCGGAGCCGCAGGCGCGAAGGGGAGAUCUUUUGGCAGCCCGGGUUCCUCGUUUUCCUUCAAGAAAGGCAUGACCAUCCCACUGACUGCAGAGGAGUUAAAGAAUGCCUUUGAUAACUUAUUUGAGGGUUUGAUGCAGAGCAAAGAUGGGGAGAAAGAAGCAGCCGAGUCUGUGGCCACGCCGCUGCUGCCUCACCAGAAGCAGGCGCUGUCCUGGAUGUGCGCUCGGGAAAAUAAAGACGUGCUGCCGCCGUUCUGGGAGAAGCGAGGCGACCUGUACUACAACAGCCUCACGUGUUUCUCCGCCAAAGAAAUACCAGAGAGAGUUCGGGGGGGAAUACUGGCUGAUGACAUGGGGCUGGGUAAAACGCUAACAACCAUCGCUCUGAUCCUUACCAACUUCCACCAAGGGAAGCCCUUGCCUGUGGAGAUAUGUGAUGGGCCAUUUUCACCUACCAAAGCUAAGAAUAAGUCUCAGGAGUGCUUUAAACUGCAAGGGAGCAGCAGUGCAGUUAAUUCAGCAGGAGAAAGUUCCCACUGCUCCGCCAUUCCAAAGGAGGACGUGAUCGACGCAGCAGACGUGGUGCUGGUAGAAGACGAGCCUCAGAAAAGCACCAGCAAAGAGAAGCACAAACCCACCAAGCGCAAACCCAGCAAAGAGGGUCCGGUGUUACUUGAAGAUCUGGACUUUGCUGCUGCCUUGAGUUGCGCGACAUCGGAAACCAGGCCAAAGAAGAAGAAAACAACAAAGGAAAGCAAACUUAAACAGAGUGUGGAGAUGUCCGUCUCUGAAAGCACAGAGGACUUCUCAGCGAAGGCAACUCUCAUCGUCUGUCCUCUCUCCGUGCUCAGCAACUGGCUGGACCAGUUCGAGCAGCACCUCCGGUCCAAUGUGAAGCUCAACAUCUAUCUGUACUACGGUUCUGAGCGCAACAGGAGCAAGACCUUUCUGUCCUCUCAGGAUGUGGUGAUCACCACCUACAACGUCCUCUCGACCGACUUUGGGAAUAAGAGUCCUUUACAUGGGAUCAACUGGCUGAGGGUGGUUCUGGACGAAGGGCACAUCAUCAGAAACCCAAACGCACAGAUGAGCAAAGCCGUGCUCGAGCUGAGAGCUCAGAGACGUUGGAUUCUUUCAGGCACUCCCAUCCAGAACAGCGUGAAGGACUUGUGGAUGCUGCUUGCCUUCUUGCGGCUGAAGCCCUUCGAUGUGAGGGAGUGGUGGAACCGGGUCAUCCAGAGGCCUGUCAUACAAGGGGACCGAGCCGGCCUGCAGAACCUCCAGAACCUGGUGAAGUGCAUCACCCUGAGGCGGACCAAGAACAGCGAGGUAAACGGACGCCGCCUGGUGUCGCUGCCCAAGAAGACAGUUUACGUGGAGCAGGUGGAGCUCAGCCCGCGGGAGAGGGAGGAGUACGAGUUGGCCCGCAACGAGGGAAGACUCACCAUCGGCAGAUAUGUAGCCGAAGGGUCCGUGUUGAGGAAUUACGCCGACGUUCUCGCCAUCUUGAUGCGGCUGAGACAAUACUGCUGCCACCCUGAUCUGAUCGGGAAAAUAGCCACAGAUUUAGCCACAGCAGACACUCCGGCGGAGCUGCGGCAGCGGCUGAUGGAGAAAAUGCGGCUGGUGUUGGCCAGCGGAUCGGACGAGGAAUGCUCCGUGUGUCUGGACUCCAUCCGAAUGCCCGUCAUCACUCACUGCGCCCACGUGUACUGCCGGCCGUGCAUCGCACAAGUCAUCAGCAGUGAGCAGAAGGCCCGAUGUCCCCUCUGUCGAAGCGAAAUCAAGACCAGUGAGCUGGUGGAGUUUCCUCCUCCAGAGGAGAUGGAAGAUGAGAAAAGCGUGAACUCUGACAGGUGGCGGGCAAGCUCAAAGGUUCAGGCUCUGAUGGGAAACCUGCUCCGGCUGCGGUCUGAGGACGUCAACAUCAAGUGUCUGGUCGUCUCUCAGUUCACGCGCUUCCUCACCGUCCUUCAGACGCCGCUCAGAGAACACGGUUUUAGCUUCGUGCGUCUGGACGGCACGAUGAGCCAGAAGAAGAGAACUCAGAUCAUCCAGGAGUUUCAGAGCUCUGCGGCGGACAGCCCCAAAGUCAUGCUUCUGUCGCUGAAAGCCGGAGGGGUGGGGCUGAACCUGACCGCAGCGUCUCGUGUUUUCCUCAUGGAUCCUGCCUGGAACCCGGCUACUGAAGAGCAGUGUAUCGAUCGCUGCCACCGUUUAGGCCAGGAGAGAAAUGUUGUCGUCACCAAGUUCAUUGUGAAGGAUUCAGUGGAGGAGAACAUGGUGAAGAUCCAGAAGAAGAAGCAGGACUUGGUGGAGAAGGCGUUUGGCUCAACCAAUACCGACAGGAAAACGUCUCGGAUCGAUGACAUCAGAGCGCUGUUGGAGGUGUAGACGUCCGGCAGCCAGUGGAGGGCGCCGAUACUCAUUUCUUCUGCUUUGUUUACAUUUAACGUGUCCAGGUAAAGAGCAUUUGAUCUGGAUGUGUGAUUUGCAUAAAACUGCAGUAAAAUCAAAAUAGCUUAAGUUCAUACCUUGGUUUGCUAAAAGAGAUAAAAAUGCAUUUCUAUUGUAUGAGGUUCAUGCUUAAGUUGAUUUAACAAAAUUCACCAGUUGUCGCAAUGAUUGGAUGUAAUCCCAUUUUGCAAUACAACAUACAAUUUCUUGCCGCAAAGCUUUCAGAAAAUAAAAAUGGAGAAAAAAAAAGGUGUUUGUACCUGUAGCCUUUCAAAUGACAUUUUUGGUUGUUGAUAUUUAGCUGCAUCCUUCCAAGAGACAAUUAAUUUUACAGAAUUCGCCUCUUCCUGAUGAACAUCCUCAAGUCUUUGCUUCUAAUAGAGAAAGUUAAGAAGGGAGGGUUACAAAUCUAUUAAUGACACUGUUGUCUCCAAACGAUUUUACAUUUUUUAUCAGUGAUAAAUUACCUUAAAGUCUACAGAUUGAUAUUCUGCACAUUUUACAUAAAGACUUAAUUUGAAUCCCAGAAUACAAAAGAAAUUGGAAGCUCCAGAAGUGUACAUUAAGAACCAGUCAAGCCUCUACUACCCGAUAUUUUACAAAUUGACAUUUUAUAUAGAGGUGCCAUACAGUUUUCCUCUAAAAAACAUUUCAUUUGCCACUUUUAGAACUGGAAGGUGUCUUGAUAUAACUUUUAAUUCUAAUACAGAUAUCGCAGCUUUGAUAUAUCAGCACAAAUCAUACACAUUGUCACCUUCCUAAAAUAAAAGCCCAAGUGACUUUUUGCCAAGUGAUUUGUUUUUUAGGAAUUUUAGUGACAAUGUUACAUAUUUUGUUGUGUGGAAAGUUAGACAAGGUUCGAUCAAGUGAUCAACAGAUAAUAGUCAACAAUAGGUAUGAGAACAAAUGACCCAUUUAUUAAUCGGUGGUUCUGUAAUGCUGGAGGUGAGAUUUUACAUGCAGGAUGAUAGCCGAUACUCUUUUUGGAUGAUAUCGGACCAAUUUCUGAUAUCAAUAUCUUAAUAUGACACCCCAUUUACAAUUAAUAGCCAUUUUAGCAAUAUUAACAAAGGUUAUGUGAAUAUUAACGGCAUAAUUUAUUACAUAUGUAAAGCAAGUUCAUAUAUUCCUUAAGCAUAAAGACCCCUCAGAGGGAAACGGCAAUAAAAACAGAAGAAUGGCAGCAUAUUUUUUUUCCACAGGUUUAUUUAUUUUUAAAGGUGAACAAUUAACAGCUGCAUCAAAAGAUGUCACAACAACAAUCAUCCACUUCCACACACCUCUAAGCUGCUUUCAGACUUACUAUCGCCUCUAACACAUUUCCUUUUGGGAGUGUGUGCAAUGGACGGAGGAGUGAAUCAUCAGGUUACACUUUGACCAGCAGGCAGGUAGAAGUAAAGUGGCUGUUGACAGCAAAGGGAGGGGCAGGAAGAGGGAUUCACAGAAAUGUGUCACUAGCAGCAGUUACAGUCAGAGAGGUUUCGUAAACGGUGAGCAGGCAAUAAGGCAGCUGGUCACACUGCAGACAGGAAGUGAUGAAAUGCCGGGGCACGGCCACGAACACCAAAACGAUUCCAAUGGAGAUGGACAUGCGGAGCACUAGAGGAGCGCACAGAAACAUAUAUAUAAACCUUUACAUCACCUUUAGUCCUGGGUGGAAGCACUUUCUAAAAUCACAGAGACGCUUAUCAGCUCUGUGCCAUGCAAAUACAAGCCAUCACUACACCAGGUGAAGUUACAGGGAGUUGAUGAGUGUCAGAGGCACAGACAGAGACGCUGCUGCUCUACGCACUCCUGAGGUGAACACUGUUGUGUCAAAGUCAUGGCUAAGGGAAGAAGGGAACGAGCCUGUUGCAUAUGUGCUUUGUAGUCUAGGCAGAGACUUAUUGCAAGUAUAGUAAGGAGCUGUGGGGGUGAAUGCAUUUUUAUUGAGCAAAAUGCUCAAUUUUGCACUCUUGUGGCAGAGAUUUGUGGAUAAUUCUCAUAAAAGGAGGAGGAGGAGGAGGAACAGUGCAUCCAAGAAAACGGCUGCACAAAGCAGAGAACCCAACAAUUUAGACCAACAAAAGGAGCAAAACAAAAUAAUCCAACAGAAGUUUUGAAAUUAGAAAUAUACCCUAACCACCAAAGAGGACAAAACUUUUUGGCAAUGAACAGAUUUGCACGAAGAUUUUACACUUAAGGUGCAGCAGGUGUCCCUUUCCGAGAUGUUUGUCUACCUGCUCUUUGGUGCCUUCGGGUUGAGCCUGAAAGGCCGUUUUCCUGAACCGCAGCACGACCCAACAAUUGGCAAAAGUGAAUUGGAAAAAAA